GUCCAGCAGACGCCGCCGCCUCAGCGCCGCGCGACAACUCUCGAUCACCUUUCGACAAGCAUCAAGAGUCAGAACAGUACCAACCGCACGGUGGCUUAUCUAUCUGCGCCCCUAGGAUCACCCAUGCCCCCUGGGGCGAGUGCGGCGGCAACUCGCCGCCGCGCGGCAUGAAGCACCCAGACUGCCGGUGGGCCUGGGAAGGGCUGCCGGACCCGCGCCUCAUCGUGGAGGUCGGGGGCAACAAAGGCGACGACCUCAAGAACUUGGCCGCCAUGUACCCGGGGGCGCGCAUCCACAGCUUCGAGCCGGUCGGCAUUCACUUUCGGGAGCUCGAGAGGCUCUUCGGGAGAAGUUCCGACCAGGUCGUGCUGCACCACGUCGGGGCGUCGGAUUCCGACGCGCGGGUCGCCUUCCGGGUCGACGGCGACGUCGCGGGCUCCUCGCAGUUCGGGCAGGCCCGGAGCGGCCCGACGAUCGAGUACGAGAAUGUCUCGCUGCGCGACGCGCACGAGCUCUUCCGCGAGGUCGUGGCCAACGAGAGCCGCAGCAUCGACGUGCUGAGCGUCAACUGCGAGGGGUGCGAGUACGCCGUGCUUGAGCGCCUGCUGGCCAAGGGGUGGCUGGACCUGCUGAAGGUCGUGCAGGUGUCGUGGCACGCGUCCAGCCAGAUCCAGCAGCGGGUGGAGCGGCGGUGUGCGCUCCGGGCGGAGCUGCAGAGGCGCCUGAGGCCGCUCUACCAGGCGGACUUCGGCUGGGAGGGCUGGAGCGCGCUGCCCCGGGCCUACGCCGUGGACGAGCGCUUCCUCGGGGAGACCCCCGUGGCCGUCGUCGGCCGCGCCAACGCCAUCCCGCAGGCCCAGAGCGACCUGCGCUGUGCCGAGCCCGGCGGCGUGCCCGCGGGAGCCGGCGGACUUGACCACGAGCUGGACCCGCACCCGUCGCACCUGACCUGGCCGCAGACGGCCCUCGGCGACGUGGCCUGCGAGGUGCUCAGCGGCCGGUCCUUCCGGGUCCCCCCGGGCGCCGCGGGCGACGGCCCGGUCGUGGUCGAGGUCGGGGCCGGCGACGGCCUGGGGGUCCGGUUCCGGGACCUCUUGGCGCUCCACCCCUCCGCGCGCGUGCACAGCUUCGAGCCCGUCAGGGCGCUGAGGGCCCGGCUCGAAGGCGAGGCCGCGCGCAGGAACGCCACCAACGGCACCCGCACCGUCUGGGGCGUGGGGCUCGCGGCCGCCAGCGGCCGCGCGAGCUUCCGCGUGUGGGGCCCGCCGGGCGACGGCUGGUCUGGCCGCCUCGAGGAGGUGCAGCUGGAGGACGCGGAGGCGGCGCUGGCGGAGGUGCAGCGCCGCGAGGGCCGCGCCCCAGACCUGGUGUACCUGAACUGCGAGGGCUGCGAGUACGAGGUCCUCGAGCGCCUCGCCAGCUCCGGGCGCCUUGCCUCGCUGCCGCGCCUGGCCGUCUCCUGGCACGCCGGGGGCGCGCCGUGGCGCACGCGGUGCGCCGUGGAGGCGCGGCUGCGGGAGGCGCACACGCUCGCGCGCUCGGCCCUGAGCUGGGAGUUCUGGGUGCUGCAGGGCGUGCAGGUGCACGACAAGCUCGCCGGGGGGCGGCUCGUCUCGGCGAGGUCCGCCGAGUGACGCGGCGGCCGCCUCCCGGGGGGCUCUCCGAGAAUGCAUGGCCUGCGGGGCGGGCGCGCGGCCGCAGCGCCGGCGGGAGCCCAGUGCUGGGCGCAUCGCUCGGCUGCACGUCGGGGUGACCUUCCGCCGGAGUGACCUCUGGUGGGAAAAGACAUCUGUUUGCCUCGAUGCAGUGGUUCGCAGAUCCCCCGCGGCGAGUCCAAGCCCUCUGCGAGCAGUUCAUCUUGCGAGUAGUGGAGCGCGCUGAUAGCAUUUGCCGGCCCAACGGGCCAAGGGCGUGCGCUAAGAUAACCGGU